UCACGGCCUGCAGCCGCUACCCGCGCGGGUCUGCGCGAGCUGGCGCUGGGCCGUGGAUGGCGCUGUAUCGAAGAGCACACACAACGGGCCGCCGCCGCCGCCCGCGUUUAUUGUUUUACCGUAUGCAGCGUCGAUGAUGCUUUCCGGUGACACCCCCUUCUCCGGGGUAGUCGUUUGACCCGCGCCGUUUCACGCAAGCACACUAUAGACGGGGCUUCCCUAAAUGACACACACUCACGUUUCUCAAGCUUCGCUUAUAGUGUAUACACUGUCGUUUUUUUCUCAACGUGGGGGUCAACAAGGUGUGGAUGUAUAGUUGUGCGGGUCUGUUAGCGUUCAUCCUGUCGACAGCGUGACAGACGAGGCGAGGCUCAUGUCGGGGGCCCCUGCACUGAACUGGACGAGGCAAAGGCAUACACGCAGCCAGUAAAAUGCGAAGUCAGGCGAAGUGCGUGGCCAGGCGCUUUUCGUCUGCUUAAGGAGAAUACGACGCGAAGUCUGCUCUGAUUGGCUACAGUCCAGAAAACCAAGUGCAGCUCAUGACCACACGACGUCACGCCCGCCACUACACUCGACUGCACGCGUCUGCACGAAAGGUUAUCCUUGAAGGGUUCCUGAGCUACCAGAAAAAAGCGACUCUAGGCCCCCUUUCCCCAGGUCUCAACAUCAUAGUUGGUGGGAAUGGGGCUGGAAAAAGCAGCCUGCUGUAUGCUAUUGAAACCCUGAUCUCCUUGGAAUUGGAGUCACUCAACCCUGCGCAGCGCUUAGGCCUGCUCAGCUCUGCACCUGGAGUGCAGUUCACCACCGGCAUAGUGCAAAUGGUUCUCAACAACACCAGCCGUCGUCUGCCAAGUGAUAAAGAUUUAGUGACUGUGACAAGAACAAUUGGUGCAUCUUCCACGACACUGAGGCUUGGAACAUCCACAAUUGGGAAAAAAGAAUUUGUUGACUACCUUAACUCAGCUGGCUUCUCGUCCGACAAUGCGUUUCACAUCAUCAGACAGGGCCAGGUUCAAGACAUUCUGCGCAUGUCAGCCCUGGAGCGUCUGCGCAUGCUGCAGCGCUUUGCUGGCUGGGAUGCACUCAUUCAGCUAGAAAAGUUCUGUGAGGAAUUCACAGAUCUAGGGGCCUGUGAUCGACAGUACAUCAGCGAGAUCGUUGACGAGUGCCGGAGGAAACUGCAGUUGGAUGAGCAGUACGAGAAAGAAGCCAAGGAGUACAAGGCACUGGAGCUAGAAAUCAGGACUCUAAAUGGAAUUUUCCUGGAAAGAGAAGCUGCUGCACUCAAGACAAAGCUGGAGCGAAUUGCAUCCAGCAUCAAAGAAAUGGAGCCUCAAUACAACCUUGCCAAGCAAAAUUAUGUGCACAUCUGUGACGCACUCGAGGUGAAGAAGCGUGAGCUCAGGCGGCUCAAGGAGGACACACAGGAACGACUGUACAGGCUGGAGGACCUCAAGGAGGAGCUGUGCGUGGCUGAGGCAGGCAUCGUCAGGGAGAACCUGCAGGUGAAGCAGCUUGAAGAAGAGAUUGGCACCGUCGAGAGGGCGCAGCACGAGUUGGCAGCGCGCAUGAGCACUUCCGAGCACGCAGUGCAAGGCACAACCGUGAAGCUUGCCGAUACCGUACAGGCAUUGCGCAAGCUCGAGAGGAAAGAGGAUGAUCUGGAAAGCAGGAUGGCAAAGUUGGCUGACGAGAAGAACUCGGUUAUGCAGCGUGUAUACCACAGCCAUUGCUUUCGCACGACUCAGGAGCGUAAUACUUGGAUUGAAGGGGAGCUUCGGAAGCUUGAAUCUGCUGUGCAAGAAAUUCAGCAACAGGCAAGCAUUGUUGCGUUCUGUCACUAGUGAGUUGCAAGUGCAAAACAUGAA